AAUCUUGCUUAGAAACAACGUAUUUAGCUUCGCCAUGGACCUUUUAGUACCUUUAGAAUCUGAUCCAGAUAUAUUCAGUGAACUUAUGCAUCAUCUCGGUGUUUCAAGUUCGGCUAACCUGAGAAUAAUGGAACUAUACAGCACAGAUGAGGAGGCACUUCCUAAUAGCAAUGUACUGGCCGUGAUAGUGGUCUUUCCUGGGCCUUCAUUUGAGUCGCCGACACUUGAACCCAGCGAUGAUGGGAAAUGUGUGUGGUUUAUGAAACAAUAUACAAGAAAUGUUUGUGGAAUAAUCGCUUUGAUUCAUGCCCUGGCCAACAAUCAAGCCCAUUUUACAUGCAAUGGUUGGAUAGGCAAAUUUUUCAAGCGUUGUGCUUCCCUUACGCCUCAAGAGAGGGGUGUCGCUUUUGACCACGACGACGAGGUCAAGAAGAUACAUUCUCAAUUUGCUUCUGGCGGCCAAUCGUCGAUUCCUACAGAACUCGAAAACGUCAACAUGCAUUUUUCAGCGUAUGUUUCCGUAAACGGGUGCAUCUACGAGCUAGAUGGGUCUAAAGAGCACCCUAUCAAAUGCGGCAGCACCUCAGAGUCUUCCUUCUUAAAAGACGUUAUACUCCAUAUCAAAGAUACGAAACAGUUUGACUCUAUCUGUAUCUCUAUAAUGGUGCUUGUCAAAGACACGUAAUUCAAACCGUUUCGAGGUAUCUCUUCCUCGUACGUGUGUCUGAAGAGUAAGUAGGCUGCCAGUUGUAUUUAUUGAUAGCGGAAU